AUGAAAGAAGCCUUAAAUCGGAUGCAAUGUCAUAGAAAAGCAUGGAAAUGGACAUUCCACUUGUUUGUCUUUACGAUUUGUAUCAUUUUACUGGUCUAUCGAACAUCGGAAUGGUUACAAGCUUAUCAUUUAUUAUUAAACGAUCAUAAAGUUAAUCGACUGAGUGAUUACUUUUUACACCACUCAAAUUUCAAUGAAGUCAAUAUGAUCAGUGAUCACACUACUCCUACUACUGAUAUCAGUAAUAAUAGUAAUAAUAACCAUAAUAACAAGAACACUAUUAAUCAGCACAAGUUUGUUGGAAAAACAAACAGUGAUGUAAAAAAGGAUAAACAAAAUGCUACAAUUAUUCUAUGUAACAUUAAUCCAAUAAGGAAAGACGAAACCAAUACAAAACCACGUAAAUCCCAUGAACCGAAACGUGUUUCAGGGACAUUAAAUCAUGACACAGGUGGUAAAAGUCCAUUGAGUAGUGCACUUAGUACACCAGCGAAAAAUGGUCCUAAUCCGCAUACUGCUAAAGAUAUGCCUGUAUUAGGACCAUCGUGUAAAGCAUUGUUCGAUUUUGAAGCUGAAAAUGAAUCUGAACUACCCUUCUCCGAAGGUGAUGUCAUCAGUCUAAUACUUCGUGUAGAUGAAAAUUGGUUUGAAGGGGAAUUAAACGGUCGUAAAGGUUAUUUUCCAGUGAAUUAUGUUGAAGUUAUCAAUCCACUACCUUAA